AAACCAACGCAACAAGAGAGGCACUCCUCCCCCCGCGGCUCCGUCCGGCUCAACAACAAUCGCCAAGCGCACGUCUCCCUCUCCCUCUCCCUCUCCCUCUCCUCUCAACUCUCCCACGCCAACCCGGGAAGCCAAGCCAGGCGAGCCGCCGGCGCCCUAGGGUUUCCGAUGGAGCCCGCGGCCUCCUCCGCCUCGGCGGGGAGGCGGAGGGCGGCGCCGGAGGCCGCGGAGCUGAGGGUGCGGCGGCGGACGCUCGAGACCGUGCUCGAGCAGUGCCAGCGCGCGCUCGAGCUCAUGCGGGACGCCGAGGGGGACGGGGAUCCGGAGGGCGACGACGAGGACGAGGAGGGGGAGCGGGAUCCGGAGGGGCGGGCGGGCGGCGACGCCGGGGACGGGGUGGGGCCGCCGACGCCGACGCCGGAGCCGUCGGAGGCCGACUACGAGACGGACGAGCUGUGUAAUCUUCUCAAAUCGAGGGUCGAAUCACCUGAAUUUCUAGAAAAGCUUGAUAACAUUCAGAAGUCAGUAUACCAACAUGGUGCAGCAGUAGAUGAAACCAUAUCAUGGGAUAUCGUAAGUGCAGCAGAUAUAUGGGAUGAUAAGAGUAUGAAUGUCAGUGAUGAUUCAGAGGAUGGAUAUGUUCUAGUUAAGCAAGAGGAUAUAGUUGAUGGGAUUGCAUGCUUCAUGGCUGCAUACCUGCUGUCGCUGAAAGAAACUAAGGAAUUGACGCCCAAUCAACUUCAAGAAGCCCUUAGCAAGACUUUUUCAACUAAAAAGAGGAAAGGCAAACUUCAGAAGGCAUGGGCUGGAACACAAGUUAUUUAUAAUGUAGCAUCAUGGAGUGCGACAGCUAUUGGUAUCUACCAGAAUCCGGCGAUUCUAAAAGCAGCAACAGCGGCCUUCUGGACAUCCUGCCGCGUGGUGUCCAAGUUCCUGUGAAUAGUCAUGAGAUCCUGUACACAUUGUAUGAUAAUCUGGACUUCCCCGUACCUCCAUUGCGGGAAGCGCUGUUGUCAAACUCUGUCACGAUGCGAUCAUCAUAGGUUACUUUCAACUGUUAGAUCAUGCGUCAGCUCAAACCGAACAUGAGACUGGCUGAUCCUUAGCGUCUGAUCUAGCUGUUGAGUGUAGCUUCCUGUGUGUUUUACUUAUAUCAUUCAUUUGUAUCCGACCUCUCAUUGCCAUCUCCUCCUUGUAUAUAUCAGCUGUACAACUGAACUGAAACUUGGCCGUAUUCCGUCCAAUCCAAUUGUAAAUACACCACCGAUUCGCUUGCGUGA